AAGGCACCUAGGAUGGCCCCUCGCACUUAAAGCGGUCGCUCCACACAGCGUUUGUCCCCUCAAUCCUCAAACAAGCGACGAUUCAACUUGCAACAAAGGGAUGCCAAGGGCCAUUUUGCCUUUUCUUUUUCCUUCAACAUCUCGACCAAGCCUCGAACUUUUUUCUUGAACAUUUCCACCUCACUUCUAGUGAUACUGUCUAUUUGUCCUUUGAGGUUUAAUUGACAACACUUUACUCGCUUGACGACGCUGACGCUGGUUCGUUUCUAUCUCACGCCUCGAGGGCACGCUCGUCGACAAGGUCUGUCACCAUGAAGAAAUUCUUAGGGCGUAAGGACAAGAGUCCCAAACCUCCAACCGACAACCCGUAUGCCCAAGAACCGGCGAACGAUCCCUAUGCUGCCUAUCCGAAUGCCGCCCCCAAGUCCCAGGUCAGAGCGCCUGGUGGACUGCCUGCUGGGCCGGGCGGUGGGUUACCGAGCGGACCACGUGGGGGUUUGCCUAGCGGCCCUGCACGCGGGAACUCGAUGAACUCGGUGAACUCGAUGAGCUCGACCAGCACAGCUCCCCCUCCAUACCAAUCGCAGCAGCAACAGCCCCCGCAACAGUCGUCGGGCUACGGCAACGAGCGCUACGGGGCUUCGGGAGGCUACGGCUCAUCCAACCGGUACGGCAACGAUAACAGCGGCGGCGGCGGUGGUGGAUACGAUUCUUCGGCCGGUCGCCGCGGCCCCGGUGGCUAUGGUGGUCUUGGCCGGACCGACACUAUGGACGACCAGGCAGGCAAGGAGGCCCUGUUUGGCGGAGGCAAGGAGCGAGUGCAGAAUGCGCCCCGCGGUCCUAAUGGUAACGCUGGUGGCUAUGGUGCUUCGGCAGGCGGCUACGGGGCAGGCAACCAGGGGUCGACCGGAAACAAAUACGGAGGUUACGGCGAGGACCGGGAGCUUACCGAAGAGGAACGCAUCAAGCUCGAAGAGCGUGACCUCGCAAGGCAAAUUGACCAGGAGAGAGAUGCCACUGUUGAUACGGGACACAGAAUCUUGGGCAUCAUCAACAGCACCAUUGAGACGGCCAACGGCACAAUGCAAAACAUGGCACAGCAGGACGAGCGGCUCCGCAACACGGAACGCAACCUUGACUUGGCCAGGAUUCACAACCGGACUGCAGAGGAGCGAACCAAGGAGCUCAAGCACUACAACCGCAGUUUGUGGAACCCAGGGAAUCCGUUCAUGUCCAAGUCCAAGCAGGAACAACGCGAGCGGAAGCAUCUUGAGAAUACCCAGAAGGAUCGAGAGCUUCGUGAGGCCACGCGUGCGGAUGCAUACGAGUCGCAGGCUCAGUACGAGCGCGACCUGAAGGACAUCGAGACGAACAUGGCCAACCGCCGGGCCCUCGGCCUGUCUUCAUCGGAGAAGGCGGCGAGCAACAACAAGUUUGUGUUCGACGAGUCGGACGAGGAGGACGACAACCCUGAGAACAUGGCCCUGCGUGCCGAUCGCCGGGCGAAGGAGGACGAGAUCAACAACAGUAUCAUGCCUCAGAUGGAAGCGGGUGUGGCCACGCUCAAUAGAAUUGCAAGAAACUUUGCGCCGCGCAUUGAGGAAUCCAACCAGCUCAUUGGCAGGCUCCAGACGAAGAGCGACGGUGUCAGUGACGGUGUCGAAAGGAACAAGCAGCAGCUGGACCGCAUCUACAAGAAGGGUUAAGCUGCUGGCCGAGGAGGGGCACACUAGUAGAUGGUGCAUGCGCGUGGAUGGCCAUGAGGUGCUUUUGUCUUUUAUCGUCUUUGGCUGUGCGGUUAAGGACAUAUUGGGUAUUCAAAUUUUGUGCAUAAUCAGACAGAUUCCCUACCGAAUCCUUUCUUACACUGACCAGGGAGCUCCACCGAUGAAUUCUCCUGGGGUGCGAUGUGUUGAUGGUUAGAUACCUAAUCAGAAUUAGAAAUAAAUUGAUGACAGCUGCAAACGACUGCCAUCCUUCUAUUAUAUGAGUGGA